CCUCGUCCUCGUCCCUCUUGAGUCCUCGCCCUCACUCGCCUCUCGACCUCUCCCCGCCUCUCGACCUUGUCCACCUAACUCACCGAGCUCCACCUCCCUCACCCUCGACCUCCCUAUCCCGCCGCCGCCAUGCCCGCCGUUCCCUCGAGCUCCACCCCGGCCUCCAACGCAACCUCGUCGCCCGCCUUCGAACCCACCGAGGUCACCGUCAUCUUCGUUCUCGGCGGUCCCGGUGCAGGCAAGGGCACCCAGUGCGCCAAGCUCGUCCAGGACUAUGGCUUCGUUCACCUGUCCGCGGGCGACCUCCUUCGCGCCGAGCAGGCUCGUGCCGGCUCCCAGUUCGGCGCCAUGAUCAAGGAGUACAUCACCGAGGGCAAGAUCGUCCCGAUGGAGGUCACGAUCAAGCUCCUCGAGAACGCCAUGCGCGCCGCCAUGAGCUCCGAGGCCGGCGAGUCCAAGGAGGCCGGCGCCACGUCGGGCGUCAAGGGCAUCCCGGCCCGCCGCUUCCUCGUCGACGGCUUCCCGCGCCAGAUGGACCAGGCCGUCAAGUUCGACGAGACCGUCUGCCCCUCUUCUCUCGUCCUGUUCCUCGUCUGCCCCGAGGCCAUCCUCCAGGAGCGCCUCCUCGAGCGCGGCAAGACGUCGGGUCGCGACGACGACAACGCGGCGAGCAUCAAGAAGCGCUUUGACACGUUUAUUCACACGUCGAUGCCCGUCGUCGAGUACUACCGCAAGCAGGGCAAGGUCGUCGACAUCGACUCGUCCAAGACGAUCGACGAGGUGUACGAGGACAUCAAGCGCGGCAUCGCUCCCGUCGUCGCAUCGUCUUAGCCCCUCUCGACCGUCCCUCCCCCUCUCCCUCCCUUCCUCGUCGUUCCUCCCUUCCUAGACUCGCUGUAUCUCCCCCUCGAUGUGCAAUUCCCUUCUCCCUCGUUCGCCG